AUGUCUCUGUUAGUUCUCAAAUUGAUUGAAAAUGUCGAUAUGGAUAUUGUAGACAUCUGAGGAUGACGUACGAGACGAUUUCGGUUCGUAUGAACCGCUCCGAUCGCAACAUUCGUUGGGGAUUUUCGGUGAGGCAGCAAGCGGACGGACUCAUCAUUGAUCGGGUGAGUACGGACUGGUUUUGGGCUUUUUUAGGGUAUCUGAAAGGUAUAGGCAACAGAUAUUAUAGUUAAACUUCCAUGAGAAACCUGAAAAGCUAGUUGAAACCUUGAACAGGGUAGCUGAACUUUAAACUGAUAUUGUAGCGUCAAGAAUAGUCCAAUCAAUCUCAAAAUUUUUUUGUGAAAUCUUGACGUCUAGUAGAACAUUUUUGCAGUUGACCACUUCUUUUUAAAAUCAAUUCUAAGAGUACUGUAGCUCUUGGAAAGCGCAAAAACUAGCCGCCACUUCAAACAGCUACAGUCGGCUUCAAAGUGAUGACACGAAAAAGUGGUCAACUACAAAAUUGAAGUUUUAGACGUGUAGAAUUUGAGGGAAACCGGCUACGGUACCUAGUUGAAGUGAGUCGACUAAAAAAUUGCACUUCUCCCGAUCCGUUUCUUAUCACCAAACAACUUGCCGUCAACUUUUCUCUAACCCCUCUCACAUCCACUUUUUCUCCGCCGUAUUUCCUCCCACACGUUCAUCAGUUGACCGUGUGCCGACGAAGAGGGUGGAGAGAAGAUGAGAAGAGCAAAAAUCAUAUUAUCAAAUCAAUUUUUUUUCUGUGCUCUUCAGGUCGACGCCGAAUCGCUGUCGGAUAAGGCGGGUGUGAAGCACAAUGACAAAGUUGAUCAGGUACUGUACCUACCGUAACCCGUUGAUUUUUACUCAUUUCCAGAUCAACGGCCGUUCGACACGUGGCCUCGACGCCUCCACCGCCAAUCGACUCAUCGACGACUCGUUCAACGAGGUCCGACUCUCGCUUCAAAGGUACCCUCUACAGUACCCUCCUCCCUCCUCCUACAGUAACCCUUUUCCAGAUUCGUGACCGCUCACACCUGUCUCCCGUGGACUUUGAACGAAAAAGACAACAAAAUGGUUGUUGAGGAGAUGAAGCCGGGAUUUGGCAGCGGAUUCGGCGGUGCCGCGUUCGGUGGUCAGGUACCAACGAGUAGUAGUAGUACAGUAUCGAGAGUACGGGCGGCUAUUGUAGAACUCGCACUUUGGAUCCACGUUCGGCACCGGCUCGGGCGUCAAUCAGCGAAGCAGCAGCAGCAGCAACAACCAUCAAAGGUGGGAGCAGUCCUGAAACCACUUAGAUAAUUGCUGCCUUUCGGUUUUGAGUUGUGUAGCACAGUGAUGUAUGAAUAAUGAAUGGUGUUGAAACAAAAAAUGUUGAUGUACAAUAUCAAUGCAAUUUUCAGCAGCCACUUCUCUUCGGUCGGCAUCGGAGGCACGUCGCAUCACAAUAUUCCGAUCCGUCACUCGCCGGCGCAUAACAACCCGAGUGCUCUGAACAAUAAUUACAAUUCUUCGCCGGCUGGAUUCGGGUCCGGAUCCGGAUCCGGAUCCGGCUUCAAGCACCCGAAUGGUAGUGGAACUUUUGGCGCUCCGGCUCCGGCUCCGGCUCCGGCUCCGACUCCUUCAACCCCGGCCACUUAUAGGCAAGACCGGCAGCCUAUAGCAGUUAGAUCAAUCCGCUUUCCAGCUACAACAACGGCGCGACGGCCCACUCGUACGGGCCGGGCUCCGGCGGCACUCCGCUCAACCAGCUCACGUUCAUCAACACGGCAGCGGCGGCAGCGCCGAUCCACGGGGUCCAGGGCGGCGGACUCUCGCCCUCGAAAGUGUUCUAUCACUCGCCGGGCGCGCGCAGCCGAAACGAGCUCUCGCCGGGAGCAUCGGUGCAUCAUUUGCAGUACAACUCGCCGAUGAAUUUGUACUCGGCCGAGGCGACCGCCGAGCAACUGUACCAACAGACCGGCAAGGCGCCAGAGUGAGUUGCAAAGUGUCCCGGUCGCCCAAUGUGCCUUCUGUUACAGCGGCCCGGUGCCUCAUGACAAGACCCCGGCCUACCUGACCUCGGAGACUAGAAAGGUAGGGAGACGGACUAGCAGAAUCCUCGGCCACGUCGUGUUUCAGUUGAUCGAAGAGGAGGCGCGCGGCCGAUUCCAACGUGGCAAGUCACCGUCGAGCCAAUCGUCGUGCUUCAAACGAAUCUCGCACGCCGUCGGCGCCGACCAUUAA